AAGCACUUUACUUACAUUCGCUUUAUGCUUUUCUUGACACUUGCGCCAGCAUCUGCUACAAAAAAGAAACACAAAAUGGAGAAUUUCCUGCCGAACCAAAAUCCGGCCACCGGGCAGCCGUUACUCGUCUCCUCCGACCCCUGCGGUUCCACGUGGCACAAAAAGACCGAGCCGAUUGAAAUCCACGUUUACGGGAUCUUCAAAAACCUCGACAAGUUCCGACUGACCUCGGAUGAACGGUUUAUCGUGAAUAAAAUGUACAACGACCAGCAGUCGGGGGCCACUUCCCCUCUCGGGAAGCUCGCCGCAAACGUGUUUGGAACUACGAGCGGGGGGUAUGGUAGCUCAUCCUCUUCCACCGGUGGGGUCGUGAAAAAAAUGUCAUCAUUCCCCGGUGCUGGUGGUUCUUCCUUCGCACAGGGCGGUGGAGGAACAUCUUCAACCAGCGUGAUGAAGCCAACUACAUCUUGUUCGAAACAGCCUCCGAAUAAUUCCUCGUUUUUUCGUCCCACUGAUAUUAUACCUGCAGAUGAAUCCGGUGCAAUUGCAACUACAGCCGAUGAUCGGGCUUUCAUGACCACUGCCUCCUACGACAGCACCGACGGACGGGAGACGAAACCCAGGCCGACGAACGCCGUGACAGUGAGACGAGAGGACCACCUCCGCGGCGGAGGAACGAGUACUAUGCCCCCGGGGGAAAGAACAAGUGCAGCUGCAGCUGGACACCAGCCUACCAGCGGGAUCUUCACGGGUUCAUCUGCAAUUAUUGAGGGCGAGCACAACAGCGCCACACCCUACUAUUCCUGGGGAGAGAGUUGUACAACAUCCAGUUUUAAUAUGUCAAACCGAUCUUCAACAUCAUCAUCAAAUUCAUACCCGCAAGGAGGUGAAGGACCACCGAGCAGUUUGUUCGAAAGUUUUUUCGCGGAAGGAGAGCACCAAAGGGACGACAGUGGAACUGCAACCUCGAACACCCCUGGCGGAGAUUUGCUGAAUGCCUCCAUCGGUACUAGUUCAUCUUCCCGGGGCGGUGGAAUAAAUACUAGUAAUCCACAAAUUCAACAAAAAGAAAAACCUCUUUUCGGGAGGUCAGAAAGCAACAUCGAGCAAAGAUUCGUCGAUCAGUUUAAGCAGGAGGAUGAGUUGCAGCGGAGCCGGUUGACGAAAGGAACAUCAGAUAAGAACGCAGCGGGCUUCCACACAACUUCUCACUAUCAGCCGCAGCCAGAGGUGUUGUCCCCAACAAGUCAAAUCGACCGAGACCAACCGAGCCUGCAGCGUACCGCCAGUCGGAUUCUAGAGCUGCAUCGCGAGCACCAGGCGGCCGUCGCUGCUGCUCGAGGGUCUGUUUCAUCCAAGGUACCAGGAGUCGCCGACCAGAAUGCAGUUGCAGCGCCUUCGCCGACGAAAAUCAGCACUGCUCGGUCCUGGGGAACUAUGCAAGAAAAAAACUGUGUAAGUGUGAAUUUGUGUUGCAGAACAUGCAACAGAGUUACGCCUGUCAUGCCAGACAGCCAUGAAGUCCUCUUUUCAUGUGUGUUUUCCCUUACAAGCCACGCAUGACAGGUUUUCUCUGCCAUGUAGUGCAAAUUUGUGAUGCUGGUUUGGGUGGACGCAGCUCUCGUGUGCCGGAGCACCUGUAUGCCGCUGGGGGACGCAGCAGCUUUUUGCUGUUGAAUCGGUCCGGAUUAGCUCAGCAGGGGCCUCGCUUGAGGCCCCUCCACUAUGCUUCGUCCCUGCAUGCAUAAGGACCUCCAGGGCUGUGCAUCAUGUUCGACCUACGUAGACGCUCGCUGCGCGUCUCCGCCUUCGCGCAGCAUGGGCCCGGUCCCAGAUUGCACGUUGUGCCUGCCUUUUCGCGCGCCAGCCCUGUUUGCUUCUACAGCUACCGCUCGUCUUAGUAAAGGCCUUUAGAAUUUAUUCCCAUAGGUACACAUUUACCAGAACAAGCGCUUAAGUAGCAAUACUAUGUUUUCCGAUUUAGUUUUUCCGAUUCCGUAGAAGUUUACGUUACGAGGUAGCUUAGCAUAUACUGGUUUUAGUAAGCCUCUGAACGGCAAAGGGACGAACUGCCCGUAGACCUCCGACGUGAUGCUGUUUCUCAAAGAAAGUUACACUUACACACUUUUUUUCCUGGAUAGAAACCGUGCGGAAGACCUUCACGACGGUGAACAACCUCAGAAAGGGGUUGGCCGCGUCGGGAACUUCGCUGCUCGGGACUGCGAGGAAAUCGACGGAGAGCUUGCUGGCGGAAGCGGAGGAGGAGAAAGCAAAAGACGAAAAGGAGCAGGAACGUGUGUAUUCUGAGUAAAAACGUCCCCACCCCAGAGUUGUCGUGCAGAUUUGCAGUUACAGGAAGAUUUGUAAUGGGCAUCCCCAUGAGAGGCGUUUCCGAUCGUGUUUUUACCUUUGUAAUGCUGCAAACAGGAUGACUAGAUGGAUAUGGAUUUGUGUUGCGGCUGUACUUGCUAAACUGCACUACACUACAGAGGGGAACUUGUCAUGCUUGAGUCCCAAAACUUCUCGACUUGUGUUGCGAGAUCACCAUCUUGAUUAUGGGGUGGGGACGUUUUUAAUCAGAAUAGCAUUCCGUUUUUCUUCUCGCUGCAAAAGUACGGGGUGAAGCAGGUCAGUUGCGGGGCGAAUUUCUUCGGGAUAAUUACCCUAGAAAUGGGGUUAGUGGGGCUCUUAUCCACUGCAAAAGUUAAAGUAUCGUUUACUCGUAUGAAUUGCAGGCAUGCGUGACAAUAAAUCCGGUUUCCUACCUAAAUCUGCAUUACAAAUUCCAAUUUUCUGCUUGAGAGAAUUUGUCAUGCGAUUUAUGUAUACAAGUACGAUUAACUUUUGCAAUGCAUAGCUCUUCGGGUUCAACAAGAAUUACGUGCAUGGCCACAUGGGGGAGUUCCUCCCCUUGGAGUUCUACGUUUGGGGCGCGGAUGAAAACCCGAGUCUGCCGCCGACUAGGAAAAGUUCGAAAAGUAGAACAGGGACGACCGACGAAGACCACGACGCAGCUGCUGGUGCACAGGGAUUUUCUCGCAAUUCUCUUUCCGGACCUACAAAAAAUAAUGACUCCUUCACAUAUGCUUUCCAAGAGCGCCGCUUCGUCGACCCUCUGGAAAAUCCUUUGGGGAAGUUGAAGAGCAAAAGCGAGGCUGCGGUUUUCAAGCCCAAAGACUUCGCCAGCGUCGUUUCUGCAGCAACUGGUGGAAAUAUUGGAAAUAAAAACAAAGUCUCUAGUACUUCUUCGACUUUCCUUCCAAUCGGGAAAAAUGCAAAUAAAGCUAGAUCCCCAAAAACUUCUACUUCGAAGAACUACAACAAAGGCACUAGAAGCUUGCCACAGGUCCGCGCUGUGGAAAUCGCCUGCGGCAGCGACCACACGUUGGUGUUAGGCUCCGACAACCUGCUCUACGCUCACGGCGACCCGAUUCUCUACGGACUGAACACGGAACUCUGCGGGGAUUACCUAGACGCCAUCGAGACAGUGUUGACGAAACGGUCUGAUAUGAUAAACGGCGCCUGGCGCUCCCCGGAGCACCAGACACUCACACAGUUUGGGCUUUUGUUCAAUUGCGGACCCGUGAGACCAAGACGGAAGCAGAGAAAUGAACUUCUACAAGAGCGGCAGCUCGUCGUGCCCUCGGGUAGCAGUAAAAGUAGCAUGAUGAGGUCGGGCCCCGGUUUGAUACCAGCAGGCGAGGGUAGAGAUGCGGCGGGUAGUUCUGGUAGAGCGUUUUUUUCCGGUAAUACUUCUACGGGGCCCUCUAACGACCGCAGUCUCCUCUUGGAAACCUUUGAUCACCAACGGGAAGAUCAUGACGAAGCACAAAGAGAAACGCAGUUUGAGUACGACCCGGGAAGAGACACAACAAAGCCAGGUACUAGGAGCAUGUUCAAGACUGUAAAAGAAGAAGAUGAAGAAGUCGAUCUAGAGCCAAAUAACCGGGACUACAUCAACUCCAGGAGAAGAGAAGAGGGAGAGGCGAUAUUGACGGCUUCGAGAGAAGAUCAUGCUGGUGCCAACAUCAGAUUCUUCCGAAGCAAGCACUCACAGCACGAACCAUUUUUCCCCUCCUUCUGGGACACGCAGGAGUUUGAGUUUGAACAGAUCCAAACCAUGCACGUGAAAGAACGGUACUCCGUGUGCGCGACUACCGAUGGGGUGCUGUACCACUGGGGCAAGGUCCCGUUCUUGUGUGCCACGUUCGAGGAAGCGACACUGAUGAUGUUCAGCGGAAACAGCUCUUCCUCCUCGGGUGUUGCGACCGCGACGGGACGGGAUAUUGGUCAACAACAUCGACGAGGCGGACCAGCGCACCCCUCAUCUUCAUCUCAUCUUGUCAGUGAGAAGAAUCCUUAUCGCGACAGUGCCUCUGGUGCCUUCUCCUCCACAAGACCCUCCGCCCCGAACGGCGUCGAUCAAAUUGCGUGCUCCGCUUUCGCCACGUUCGUGAUCGACAAGGACGGGAUGCUUUUCGCGUUCGGCGACGGGACCUACGGCGAAACGUCUGCCGGCGCUUCGGUCGGCGGGACGAGUAGCAUGAUCUACGGCGAGCCGGUGAAUUUUGAUUUCCGAGAGCCGAUCGCGGACAUUGCAACCGGGGAUAAUCUAUGGAUUGCAAAAAUGUCUGGGUCUGGAAGGUUGCAGCUUGUCAGGCUAAUUCUGGAUCGUGCAAAAGUCUGUGUUGCAUGAGUGCCAAAAGCUGUCCACUUUAAACCAAGUUGGCAGGGAGUUUCUCAUGCAGGAUAGACAUGGUAGGGAUCUCACAGAAUCUGUCAUGCUAGGCGCUGCAUUCCAGACGACAUGGAUCAUGGAAAAUCUGCAUGACAAGUCUCGGACAUUUUUGCAUUUGAUAUAGCCACACGCUCGUCCUGGGGGCGAAUUCCGGGGAAGUUUACGCCUUCGGCUCGGACUGCUAUGGGCAGUGCGGGUGCGGCAUACAGAACCGGUCGAGGAACGGAUUACUCGGGGAGAGGGUGCUGAAACCGCGGAAAUUGAAAUUCCCCGACGCGUUGCACGGAUUCAGUAGUGUGGGGGCGGCUUCUACUACCUCUGGUGCAGAUGGAAGUAGAAGUACCGCAGACGGUCCACCGGUAAAAGUUCCUGGUGGCGCGACUACUGCCACAGCCGAGGACGUGAGAAAAGCGUCCCUCUUCUCGGACCUCUCUGGCCUGGAUGAUACCAGGAAAACCGAGGACCUCGACCUUCGGGCGUCCGUGCUCUCCGCGCUGGGGACGAGGCCGACGGCCGUCAGUAACCUCGGCGGCCGUCUGUCCCAGGCCGAGCUGGGGAUCGGGGUGGAGAAAAACGAACAUAACGUGAUGAAGAUGCACGAGAGAGGGCAGCACGGGAUAGCCGCCUCGUCGAAUAAAGACAGCGCUUUUCAACUUUCCGCGGGGAAAUACCACAGCACGCUUUGCACGGAGAACGGAAAUUUGUACGCGUGGGGACUGUAUCCAGGGCAAAAGUACCGUACUCGUAUUGCAGUCAUGCAUUGCAAAUCGUUCUCUUAAGGUAAAUCAGCAUUACAAAUUUUAUCUUUCAUGCUGAGGAAUGCAUUUACACGAGUACGAUAGAUACUUUUGCAAUUCAUAGACUGGAGAGAAACGGCCCGCUGCAGCCGGAUCCGUUUUUGCCUUUGGGUUCCGCGGCGCUGUACAACGUUGCAGGUGGUUCUGGCGGGUACAACAACUCCGGCGGCUUUUUUUCCUCCGACGCCGGGCCGACGACGCCCCGGAACGUGAACGCGGCGCACUUCGGCGGCGGCGGGGCCGGGGCAAACGCCGCGGAGGCGGCGAGCGUCCAUCUUCCGACGCUGGAAGAUUUCCACGACAGUACCGGCGCGUCCGCCGGCGGACCGGAUGCGAGUGUCGCCAGUGGCGUGAAGAACAGCGUGAAUCGGCCGAAAUUGUGUGCGCAUGUCUUGCACAGGUUCGUGCAAUACAGCCAAUGCGGGCCGACCUACACAGUUGUGGUUUACGGUCAGGAAUUGGAGACCGGAACUGCAAAUGGGGGAGAGGACGAACAAGGAAUAGCUGGGGAGGGGGAAGAGAUGCAGAUGCCGGAGGAAGAUGAGGAUUAUGGCGAUGAAGUAGGGGUAGACCCAAAUUCGCAUUCUCUGUACAGGAGUGAAAUGUAUUUUUCGACGUCCAGUGACAAAGACAGAGAAUGGAGAGCGAUGAACGCAGUUUAGAAAGUGAUACAAGGCCGCAGCUUAUGUCGCGUAGUGGGAGGGUGAACGAGUGGACAGGGGGGAAAGAAAAACGCCAGAGGGUGGGCAAGGGCCCGGCAGGCUGAUAUGGGGUGGGGCGCGAGUUAAAAUUUAAAAAUUUGGGCCGUUCCCGGGGGUAUCGUUCGCCUUCCGUCUGGCAGGUCUCCGGUGGCUCUUUUUCGGGUGCCGCUUCCCGGCGUCGUGGCGUUCCCCUGUGUGUGGGGAGGCAGAUUUUUUUGUUGGGUGGCCUCGGGCUUGUGUUUUUUCGCUUCCCUGUGUCUUUUCCUUCGUUCGGGGGGUGGUCUCCUUGUUGUCCGGCCCUUUUGCGGAUAACCCUGGUGUCGUCCUUUUGAUUGGACCUUCCGAUCCGGCGUUGCAAAGUCGAUUUUUUUGACUUUGCGACGCCGCGUCCUGCAGGAAAACACCUUUUCGGCGCUUCACGAAAGUGUCGUAAAUCCCGAAGUACAGCGUUUUCGGGAAUGUUUUCGGGAUUUGGGCAUUUUCGCAUGAGUCCGAAAGGGUGUUUUCCCGCAGGACUUAGCACUUCACUUAGAGGGCUGAUUUAGCAGCCCAUUUAGAGGGCUGAUUUAGCAUGCGAUUUAGCAUGCUAUUUAGAGCCCUCAUUUAGCAUGCCCAUUUAGCAUGCGAUUUAAAGCCUUUCGAUUUAGAGGGGUGAUUUAGCAUGCGAUUUAGAGCGGGGUCGAUUUAGAGUGCCGAUUUAGCAUGGUCAUAUAGAGUGCGAUUUAGAGUCCUCGGGGCCGGGUUCUUCAUUCGCAAGUCGGUCGUGGGUUUUGGGUUCGUGCACCCUACAAACCGCCUCGGGGAACUGCCCUGCUUUUGUCCACUUAUUCUGGGUCUGUCGGUAUGAUCUCCCCGUGUAGGAUAGGUAGUAGGUUGCGCAGCAGUUUUCUUCCCGGACUGCCUCUUUCCGGCCGCGACCCUUCCUCCCACCACACUUCGCGCGAUAUGUCGCCCGCGCAUUCCCCGUGGACAAUAUUUCCAGAAAAUCCCAGACAGAGAAUGGAGAGCGAUGAACGCGGUUUAGAAAGUGAUUAUCCACAACUUGUGCUCUGCAGUAGUUCUUGGAAGUAGAUCUACCUCCAAUCUAUUACGGGUAGCGCGACGAAUGGCAUCCAAAUUUGUUAAUACCAAUCAAACCGAAAGUUUAGGACGCCUGGAAGGUAUACUGGACGCCCUGCCAGUGUAAUGAGUUUUCAGUUUAGGUUAUUUGUCUCCUUUUGUGUUCCGAGGGCGAUUCAACGAACUGUGCUCGAAGGAAGUACAUCGAGCCAAACCCAAAGAUCCGAUGGCAAGAACCAUGUGAAGAAGUACUGAAAUCUAAAUUUCCUAAAAUCUCUCAAGCCAAGACGAGAUGAUGAAAGAAGCAUCGGUCCUUACAGUAUUUCUAAAGUAGGUUUCGAAGUAUAUAGAUUUCACUCCCUCAUAACUGGCAGCUGUAUUGAGAAGAAGUUCCAGGCUCCCUCGUUUUCAUUGAACCCUCCCGCGGCACAGUGAAGAAUCUUGCAAGAAGCGCAUAAGAACGUUAUCGGCCCUGCAUAAAAAUUUUCCCCACAUUUCGAGAUCCUGUCCACGACCUGUGAAGAUCCUUCACUCUCGGGUCUCUUUAGGUUUCGAACAAAUCUAAAAACUCUUUAGAUUUCGAACAAAUCUGUAAAAGCACUCCUGUUAAUAUUUUCAUCCUCGUACGUUUGCGUCACACACGCGUUGUUUGUUUUCAUCUGAACCACGACACGGAUUUUUGAAGUCAA